UUUAUAUCUGUGUCUCUACUUCAGUCUCUUUUACCCGUAUACCCCACUGGGAUCCCAAAAAACCAAACAAACACGUAAACAAGAAACCUCGUAGUUCCUUUCCAACGCUGUCAUUGCCUUUGCACACAGUUCAGGUCAACUCGACUUUUUAUCUCAACUUUAUGCUUUGCAUUCUUCAUUUCUAUUCUGCUCACACUCCCAAUUCCAAUUUUCACCAUUCGCCCCAUCAAAUUCCCAAACUGAAUUCGAACAUAAUCGGAGGAACAUAGCAGCGACGUCACGUGACUUUCGCCUCAAUUUGUUCGUCUCUCUGUGCUGCUGCACGUGACAUGGCAUCACACCAGGCAAUGGCUUCUUCUUCCUUCAUCAGCAACUUCAUAAUUCCCGACCACAUUCUCGUACCGGGCUCUCACGUUGGAAAUGAGGGCCACCAGCCUGAGUGUCCCGUCCUCGUUUUUGUCAACUCCAGGAGUGGCGGUCAACUCGGAGGAGAUCUUCUCCAAACCUAUCGCAAUUUACUUAAUCCAAAACAGGUUUUUGAUUUGGGGGAGCAGGCGCCUGAUGAGGUUCUCAGAACGGUGUAUGCUAAUUUGGAAAGCCUUAAUCUGCAGGGUGAUCAGUUUGCUAAAACGAUCAUGAAGAAAUUGAAGUUAAUUGUUGCAGGGGGUGAUGGAACAGCAGGCUGGCUUCUUGGAGUUGUUUGUGAUCUCAAAUUAUCUCACCCUCCACCUAUUGCCACUGUGCCACUGGGCACAGGGAAUAAUCUGCCUUUUGCGUUUGGUUGGGGGAAGAAGAACCCAACAACAGAUCAAGGAUCAGUAGAGUCAUUUUUAAAUCAAGUCAUGAAGGCAAAGGAAAUAAAAAUUGACAACUGGCACAUUCUCAUGAGAAUGAGAGCUCCUAAAGAAGGUUCCUGUGAUCCAAUUCCACCACUUGAGCUACCACAUUCUUUGCAUGCCUUCCAUCGUGUAUCUGAAGCAGAUGAGCUUAAUAGGGAAGGUUGCCACACGUUUCGUGGGGGAUUUUGGAAUUACUUCAGUAUGGGAAUGGAUGCUCAAGUGUCUUAUGCAUUUCAUUCAGAACGAAAGAAGAAUCCUGAAAAAUUCAAAAACCAGUUGGUUAAUCAGACUACUUAUGCUAAGCUUGGAUGCUCACAAGGAUGGUUUCUUACUCCUCUUUUGCACCGUGCCGAUAGGAACAUAGCACAACUGGCUAAAGUAAAAUUCAUGAAAAGGCAUGGUGAAUGGCAAGACCUACACAUACCUCCUAGUAUCAGGUCAAUUGUAUGUCUUAACUUGCCCAGCUUUUCUGGUGGACUAAAUCCAUGGGGUACACCUAACAGGAGAAAGCAGAGUGACAGAGAUUUGACACCACCAUUUGUUGAUGAUGGCCUACUAGAAAUUGUUGGUUUUAGAAAUGCGUGGCAUGGCCUUGUUUUAUAUGCUCCAAAAGGACACGGAACGCGUCUUGCUCAGGCACACAGAAUCCGUUUUGAGUUUCGGAAAGGUGCUGCCGAUCAUACAUUCAUGAGGAUUGACGGGGAGCCUUGGAAGCAACCCCUUCCGGUUGAUGAUGAUACAGUUGUGGUUGAGAUUUCUCACCUUGGCCAGGUUAGCAUGCUAUCUACGGCUGAUUGCAAGUCUAAAAGUAUGUAUGAUCCUUUAUCACCACGCCAUGAGGUUGAGGAAGAUGACAGUGAUGAAGAUGCCUCUCCAUCAGAGGAAUUUCGGAAGUUUGGUGCAGCAGAUACAUUUAAAAUCCCAUAUGACAUUGACCCUUCUCGUCUUAGUUAGCUCCCUCAUUAUUAAGACAAUUAUGGUGUUAUGCAGCUCAAAUUUCCUAUACUAAUUAGUAGUAGUUAACCCCUUACAAAUAUUUGUGGCUUCUAUCAAUGUGAAAAUCAUUAUUCUCAAUUCUUGAAGCAUUAUGACAGUAAACAGGAUAAAUGUAUUGGGAUGAUGGGAUACAACAAUUGCAGUUGUAAUACAUAAUUUCAAGUA